AUGACCGCAGCAGAACGCAAUCCAUGCAUCGCUUCUUACGAUGAGAUCGAAUAUAGACCGAUGGAGAGCAUAACACCCAGCGAUUGGGCACUGGCCAGGAGCCAACUUCUUGUCCAGGAGAAACAAGCAACAGCUCUACUCGCUUCGCUCGCCGCCGAGCGGCGGAACCUCCCAAUGAUCAAAAUUCCGGACUCUAGGCGUCUACGCUUCAGCGCGCUCGAUGGCUCGCCGCGAAGCCUUCUUGACCUCUUCGAUGGCCGCAAUCAACUCAUCUUAUAUCACCAGAUGCCCUUUGACAGUAACGGGCAAGGCUGUGGUGGCUGCGCAUUCUUCUCGGAUCACAUUCCACAUCGUGCUUCACUGGAACACCUGCACAGUCGAAAUACCACAUUCGCCGCCACAGCCCCCGCGACUGUCGAGCAGAUAUCAGCUUUCGCCACCCGUAUGAAGUGGAGCUUCCCGUUCUAUUCUAUCAACCUGGAGAUGGCAAAACACGAGUCGCAAGAAGAAUCCACAACACAGCUAUGGCUGCCGGAGUCUGGGGCGUUCAAGCUGGCAUGUUUCUGGAGAAACAGCGAUUAUGACGUGUUUCUCACAUGGACCACAACCAGCCGGGGAGUCGAGCCUGUCCUCUCGACUUAUGCACUACUCGACAUGACUAAGCUAGGCAGGCAGGAGGAGCAAGAUGGAACGCGGUUUCAUUUGCAUGAUCAGUACCACGUGAUCUGA